AUGGACCCCAGAUCAGCUCCUGAUCCGCCGUCGGGCGAGCGGCCCCGCCCAAAGGGCAAGGCCAAGACGCAGCCAAAGCCCCGCAGGCGCAAGGAGCUGCCGGAGCUCAGGGAGGAGGACCUUGAAGAGUCGUUCGUCCGAGGCUCCGGUCCCGGCGGGCAGGCGACGAACAAGACGUCCAACGCGUGCUCCUUGAUCCACCGCCCAACCGGCCUGCGCGUCCACUGCCACGAGACGCGCUCGCGCGAAUCGAACCGCAAGCUCGCACGCCGGAUCCUGCGCGACAAGCUCGACCAGCUCCUGAGCCCGCCUGGCGAGUCGGCAAAGGACCUCGAGGCGGAGCGCGAGCGGAGGAAGAAGGAGGCCAAGCGGCGCAAGGCCAAGCGCAAGGCGGACGACAAGCGUGGGGCCAAGGCGCAGGGUCAGGACGGAGAACGAGAAGAGGACGAGGGCGCCGAGGACGAGUGGGACGCCGAGGGCGAAACCGGGGAGGCGGUUCCGAGUCGAGGAGGGUCGAAGUCGCUCGCCCCGUUCGCGUUCACCGCCUUGUUCGUCCGCUGCCUCGAAGUCGCGCUCUCAGUCGUCCCUCGCACCCUCCCCUCGUAG